GGGUGUUGCUUAUUAAUUUAUUUGUUGUUAUUUAUUUGUUGGGGGUGAAUAAUUUGCUGAAAAUUCAAAUUUGGGGUGAUUCUUCUGUGUUCUAAUUUUGGCCUCAUUGGUGUUGCUUAUAAUUUCCUGAAAUGGGCUCUAAAUGUUCUAACUCUGUUGCAAUCACCCUGCAUAUGUAAUUGAUGGUACUGGCUAUUAUCAAUUCACCUUAGUAAAUGUAUGUUUUUUUUCCCUUCUUCUUUCAAUUAGGAGAUUUAUAGUUUGUUGUUCUGAUGUUGGAAUGAUUGUGAAAGCGGAAACGGAAAAACGAAUUGCUUCUGAAUUGAUUUGAAGUUCUCUCACAUUUUGUCUGGCGCAAAGAAAUGGUUAGUGUGAGAGUGGAAAAGUACGGUCCAAAGGGUCAAGCAGCAAAUGGAACACCUGCAAAGCCCAACAAGGAGAAGUCGAAGCCAGAUGUUGAUAUAAAUGUCGGAUUAUCUACCAGACCUCCAUGGUUUUGCAGUCUCUGCAACACCAGAGCCACUAGUCAGCAGGCUUUGCUUUUGCAUGCUGAUGGGAAGAAGCACCGAGGAAAGGCCCGAGCCUUUGCUGCAAACCAACAGCCUAAUCCACCACAGGAAGGGGCUGUAACCAAUAAAGACUCUACAGAAAACACUCCCAAGAAUGAAGUUCCAAAUGACAAAAGUACUGAGGAUAACAAAGAGAGUCCUAUGAAUGGGAAUGUUACUGUGAAAAAGAGAAAAAAUGACGCGUCUAAUAACACCGAGAAAUGUGCCAAUGGAGUAAGUAAUGGUACUGUUACUCAAACAGAAGCAGAGGAAACACCCAAGAAGUCAAAGAAAGCGAGAAAAGAAUUGGAGGUGAAAGGUACAGAGAAGAAGAAAGCCAAAAAUGAAGCAGAGAAGGGAGGUAAAACUGGUACGGAGAAAGAAGGUUCUGAACAGAAAAUAAAGUGGAAGAAGCUGAUUUCAUCAGUGCUUAAAUCUGCUCCAGACGGAGCAUUGAAGAUGAAGAAAUUACCGAAACUGGUGUUGAAAAGUCUCCACGAGUCCGGCAUUGCAGUAGACGAUAGCGAAUUUAGAGCUACUCUUGAAGACAAGGUUAAUUCGAGCUCGAAAUUUAUAGUUGAUGGCAAGUAUGUAAGGUUGGUGGUUUAACAGUUGAUGUAAAUCAUUGCCAGCAAUAUAUACGCAGUAUAGAGGAUUCAGUAGUAGUAAUUCAUACAGCUACCUUGCUUGCGUUGAUGAGAUGAAAGCAUUUUUUUCAUCUUCUGAAAAUUCGAGGAAAAACAUUCCUAAGCAAUUUUGUAAGUACUCUCUCCGUUCUCGAAUACUAGGCCUGUUUUGGAAUCUUGAUAUUUUUCACAAUCGAAGAGAAUUUUAUAAUUUCUUUCUAAUAUGUAUUUUAAAACAUAUUCAUGUGAGAUUUUGUUUAUUCGUUA